AUGUUGCUGGACUGUGGAGCCACCACGAUCUACGUGUCAAAGCGUUGGGUCAGGGAGCACCAGCUUCGAACGACGAAGUUCAGCGACAAGAGCAUUCACGUGAAGCUUGGAGACAACCAAAUCGUGGAGACGGAGCUGGAAGUUCUGCCUUUGAAGAUCCACGUGUCGGGUCUGGACGAGGCAUACCAGUGUGUCGCCGUCGUCUACGCGAUACCCGACGAAUUCGACUGCAUCCUCGGGAUACCCUUCUUCGAGGACAAGCAGCCCCAGAUUGAUUGGAGAGGUCUACGUAUCGAAGGAACGAGAGAGAAGACUCUGCGCUGGGAGCAGACAGGUGACACCUGUGGACAGAUCGAUGAAGGUGGACCGGUGAUUGCCUCCGGGCUUCGGAGAUCUGUCGAGGCGAAAGGCCUUUCGGCGAAAAGACCCGAUUCCUGUCGAGGCGCCGCGCUGGAAACGGGUGUGAAGUCCACGUGCGAAGCUGUUCGCGACGCAGUGCUGAAGGAGACCCCGACCGUUGUCACCAGACGACGAGGAGAUGACCCGCAAGCUGGCGAGUGUUCAGCUGGAGAAGACGACGUUGCGAUGUCAGAGCGCGAGAGUACUGCACGAGAAGCCGACGAAAGAAGCAGUACCAGGGGCAAAGACACCGUCGUGGAGAAGAUGUUCACGAUGGGUAUUGUCGACGAGAGUGGUGUGCAGACCAAGUGCAUCACCCGCAAGAAACUGCGGAAGUUCCUGAGAAUCAAGACCAAGUCGGCCGAGGAGCCCGACUUUAUGUUGGUGCUCUCGAACGAGACGAUCAAGCAAGUUGCACGCUCACUGCAACGACGAGACCAACCCGACAAUGUUGGUAGUGCGAAAGCACAGCGCUAUCUGGAAACGGACUGGGACAGUUCCAUGAAAAUCCAGCCUUCGACCUCCAACGGAGUACAAGGACAACGUGUUCCGUCCUGA